CAUGCGCAGGCUCGCGCGGCGUUUUACUGUCGCCUGGCAACCGUCCGUUCCCGGGGCCUGGGGCCUGGCGCCUGACAUCGCUGUCUGGAGGCAGGAUGGGUAAGAAACAAAAGAAGGAAAUUGAGGCAUCUCCAAAAGAUGCAUUUAAUUCACUUAUUAUUGAGAGCAAAAACGUGCAGACUGUCGUUCUUAUGCUGGAUUCACUAGAAGAUGAAAUUUUGCUUAAAGCCUGUGAAGCCAUAUACAAAUUUGCUGAAAAAGGUGAUGAAAACAAAAUGAUUCUCCUGGCCCUUGGAGCUGUUCCAAAAUUAGCUAAAUUAAUAUCCCAUGAUGACAAACAAAUCCAUAUGUAUGCUACCAUGGGAUUUGGAGUGAUGGCAACCAAUAGUGAAGUUCGAAAAUCAAUGAGGCAGUUGGAUUUUCUACCAUCCAUUAUUGCAUGCCUAGCUCCAGAUGAUGAUGUUGUUGUCCAUGAACUUGCUACACUGUGCCUAUCUUCCAUAUCUAUUGAUUUCACGAGUAAAGUGGAAAUUUAUGAGAAAGGUGGGCUGGGACCACUAAUUCAACUUCUUUCAAGCCCUGACCCUGAUGUUCAAAAGAAUUCCAUUGAGUGUAUUUCAAAUUUAGUCAAGGAUUAUGUGUGUCGUGUUGCCCUUAAUAAAAUGAAUGGAAUUUAUCCUGUGCUGAACUUACUAAACUCUGAAUAUCCUGUCAUCCAACAAUUGGCACUGCAAACCCUAAUAACCGUCUCCAGUGAUGCAGGGAGCAGAAAGGCACUGUUUCAGAAUGAAGGUCAUGAAACACUUCUGCAGGUUCUUGAUACACCGGAAUUUAGUGAUCUUCAUGCAGAUGUAUUGCAUGUCCUGGCGAACUGUCUGGAAGAGGCACAAAAUGUUACGAUUAUCCGUGAAUCAGGAGCUUUGGAAAAGUUUUUGUUAUUUCUAGCUACAUCCUCGUUUCCUGAAGCACAGAGGCAUGCAACUAAUGCAAUAACAAGAUCAGCUCGUAACAGUGAAACCAGAAACAUUUUCCAUCAGGAAGGUUUGGAAAAAGUAUUGGUGAUGCUUUUAGGAAUCAAUAACGAUGCAGUCAAAAUAGCUGCCUGUGAAGCUGUGUCAGUUAUGUGUGCAUCUGACUCUAGCAAAGAGGCUUUCAGAACAGAAGAAGCUAUUUUUCAGAUAGUUCCACUGCUAACAAGUGACAAUGUGGAAAUGAGAGAAGCUGCUGCAUUAGCUCUAGCAAAUUUAACAACUGCUAAUUCCAGCAAUGCCAGUGCUUUGGACAUCCUGCAAGAAAUAAACCUAUCCUCCAGUCACAAGAAUAAUUUUAGUGAUGCAGCUGCGAAAAGACUGCUUGACCAUAAUGCAGCUCUCAAAUAUUGUCUGACUGGCUACUUGUCAUUCAAUGAUGUCAUCACAGAUGGUUUCUAUGAUCCUGGUCAGAUAAAACCAGGCAUGAAGGUCUUGACUUUGGAAGAACACAGUAAUCAAGAGGUGAACCAGCACCGGCCAAUACUGCUAAUUAAUGUGAAAAAAGCAGAUGGACACCAGAUGGCAGGAUUGCCUAUAGAAGAAAAACUCACUGAGGCUCCGUUAGCUGUCAGUAGUCGUUUCCCUUCUAGCAAAGCAAACAGCAAAGAUAAACCAUCCAGCAAAGGAAGAAGCAGAGGGAAAAAAGAAGAGGAAAAAGUUAAAGAGGAACAAUCGCAGGCCAAGACUGAGGAGGAAGAGAGAAAUAAACCAUGGGAAUGUCCUUAUGAUGUACUUUUUGAUGCCUACCUCAGUGAAAUUACAAGAAAUAUUUUACCUCUUGUCAGCACAAAAGAACAAAUUGUGGCACUUGCAAUAGAAUCCAAAAUCACAGAUGCAAGUCUUCAGCCAAUUCAAUUCACUCCAUGUGAUAUCAAAAAAUGGUUGGAGGCAUUAGAUGCUACAACAGCUGUGGGCCCUAACAACUUUCCAGCAAGAUUAGUUCUCCCAGAACUUGCUGCAACUCUAGCCAAGUUGUUCCAGUACAGCGACAACACUGGCAUCUCCCAACAACGUGGAAAAGUGCCCAGGUUUGUUUCUGAAAAGAUGGGUGGGCCUAUAAGCAAGGAAAAGCUUCAUGAAUUCACCUGGGAACUACACAUUGCUGAACUGAAAUCUGAAUUAAAAUCUAACAUCAUCCCCAUUGGAAAAAUUCAGAAAGGAAUCUACUACCACAGAGCCCUUCUAUUCAAGGCUUUAGCAGAUAAAAUAGGAAUCAGUUGCAGUCUUGUUCGUGGAGAGUACAGCCGAGCCUGGAAUGAAGUCAUGUUGGUUGAUCGACCAACUCAAGAUGUUACUGGGCUUUUCAUUCCACCAACAAAAUACAUUGUGGAUCUUGUGCACCAAGUAGGCAGCUUGAUGAGAACUGACAGUCCUGAUGCAGCACAUUAUGAAAGUUUCACUAGUUGUAAACAUACAACUUGUAAAUGUUGCAAACAGUUGUCUUGGUACCUGGAUCACUUUGAAAGAAAAUAAAUAAAUUGUUAAAGUCUGCAUUUGACAACUUCAAAUUUAGAAUUUAAACAGUUUAUAAAUUGUUGCUACAAAAUUGUAAAUGCCACCUUAAAAAUGGACAAUUGCGUCACUAUGCCAGU